AUGGCUUGUGCUAAUUCCGGGGUCAAGUGCGUUGUUCGAGACAGCUUCCCGCCUAGAGGGCCAAAGAAGGGAUAUCUCAAGACGCUGCAGAAAAGAAUUGAGGACCUCCAGACUCAGCUAGAAAAACAACAAGCCGCAUCUCCUACUACUGCUGAGACACCCGCCUUUUCUCCCUCUCAAGAAGCGGGCAACGCGGACAACGAAAUUGCAAGUAGUGGGAGUGUCGAGAGCAGUACCGACCAUACGGAAAUCCUGCAUACCGCUUGCACAACUCCCGGAACAGCUGCUGCUAUCCCGCAAUGGCCGGCAUCGAUGGAAUUCCAAUUCCCCAUGGUCCACAUGGAGACGUGGGAAUGUUUCGACAAUUCGUCCGCAUGUUCGCCCUUUUCCUCACUUCCCAGCCUGGAAAAUAUCCAGGAUCUGGUCCACAUUCCAAUGGAGCCCGAUCUCCUCAUCACUCCCAUGAUGCACAACGACCUAGACCAACUUUAUUUCGAUCGGGCUUAUGCAUUUGCGCCAAUAUUGCAAAAGCACCGCUACCGCUCUUGGUCUAAACAACCAAACAAGAACAAGAAGAAAACUUGCCUACAGCACGCCAUGUGGACGUUGGCCUCGUCACUCUCCAGUCAGUUUCAGGUUGACGGUCGCAAGCUAUAUGAAAAGACCAGACAAGCUCUGCAUUCACUAGAGUCAGACGAACCCUGUCACCAAAUAUCCCUCGAGCAGGCCCAAGCGUGGACCUUGCUUGCCAUCUAUGAGCUAACGUGCCAAGAUUUCCACCGAGGUAUGAUGUCCGCCGGCAGGGCCUUUCGCUUGAUUCAGAUGAUGAGGCUGUACGAACUUGAUGGGCCACCUCACACCAUGCGACUGGAGCAGUAUCAAGGGCAGCUCUCUCUUCAGGGGCCAGUCCAGGAUGACUGGAUCGAUGUUGAAACAAAAAGGCGGACCUUUUGGCUUGCAUAUACAAUCGACCGCUUCACGAGCAUGGUUGAUGGGCUGCACAUGUUCUUCGAUGAACAACUGAUCCGUACCCGCCUGCCGGCUCCCGAGGCAAACUUUGCAAGUGGCCGUCCAAUAGACAUGGGCUUUCUCGCGGAUACGAUUCCGGUCGUCGAUCUAGAGUGGCCACACAAUACGCUGUCGCCCUUUACAGAGAGUGUCAUUGGAGCUACCAUCUGCGGACGGGUCUUGGAACAUAAACAGAAACCUCCGACCGGACCGUGUCAAGAUUUCUGCCGUCGACAUCGUUACCUUAAUGCAUUAUUAGCCCAACGCAUCAGGAUGCUACGAAUACACGCGUCAUUGGAGUACCCGGAUCCCAUUAUCGCCUUUGUUACUCUGGCGGCGCAUACGGCCGUGCUUAUGCUCUAUGACAUUAUCGAAUCCAGGCCCCUAGGUGCCGACGCACAAGGAACGCAGCUCACCCAAGCUCUUUACGCCGAACACAAGCAGCAGUCACUGGAUGCCGUCGCCUAUAUAGAUCUCCUGAUCGCGGAGCUUGGGCAGCACUUUCAGGUAAAGUAG